AUGCUGGAUGAAGAAGCAGCCCUGAAGAGGAAAUCAAUUAUCAGAGUCAAUAUCAGAUUUGAAGGAAUUGAAAUUCAACUUUAUAUGGAUUCUGUUCUAAAGAGAAGGGGGAGUUUUUCACCGACCAGUGUAAAGAAGCCCAAGUUGGAACGUAAGUUCUCGAGGAUAGCCGAUGGCUUUACCUCCUUACAGCAGGUAACAGAGGAGCUGACAAAAUCUGGGCUUGAAUCAUCAAAUCUCAUUGUAGGAAUUGACUUCACAAAAAGCAAUGAGUGGACAGGUAAGAACUCAUUCCAUGGCAGCAGCUUGCACCACGUUGGAACUACUAAAAAUCCUUAUGAACAAGCAAUUUCCAUUAUUGGACGAACCUUGUCAUCAUUUGACGAAGAUAACUUAAUCCCAUGCUUUGGUUUCGGAGAUGGUAAGCAUACAUGCAUCCUGCUCAAUCAAAACAAUAUAUUGACUUUCCUUGAUGAUAUAAUUCUGGGAGUGAAGUAG